CUUCCAACUCGUUGCGGCCUAAACCUGUUCCAAAAUGGUGAAGGCCAUUGCAGUAGUCACAGUAAGUGACUCAUGCUUCACUGAUCCAGCCAAGGACACAUCGGGGCCUACCCUUGCUGGUUUCGCCAAACAACUGUUCCCUGACGCCACCCUUCACACUAUUGUCAUCCCAGAUGAAAAGGACAUCAUAGAGAGAGAACUAUUAUACUUCUCAGAUGAAGCAAAUGUAGAUUUAGUCCUGACAACAGGGGGCACGGGUCUAAGCCGCAGGGAUGUCACUCCCGAAGCCACUAAAGCUGUCAUACACAGAGACGUCCCAGCUAUAUCUGUAGCCAUGACUAUAGAUAGCCUGCAGAAGACCUCCAUGGCUAUGCUAUCUAGGUCUGUAGCAGGAAUUCGCAACAGAACACUCAUAAUCAACUUUCCUGGCAGCAAGAAAGCAGUGACAGAAUGCUUUGAGGUGGUCAAACCAGUGCUUUCCCAUGCAGUUGGACUAUUAACCAAUGAUGAGAUUGAAGUGAAAGGAACUCACGACAAGGUGCAAGGCUUUGUGUGCCACCACAAGCAUGGGAUGGCGAAUAGUUGUGUGGACAUAUCAAAGGUAGCAUUUAGGCCGAGAGAGUCUCCUUUUCCAAUGGUGGACAUGUCGGAAGCGUUUGCGAUAAUUGAUGAAGUGAUGCAGCAAUGGAGUUUGAGCCUUGAGGUUGUGCCGAUAGGGGACAGUCUCGGCCGCGUGGUGGCGGAGGCGAUCUACGCGAAGGAACCCAUGCCACCGUUUCCGGCUUCUAUGAAAGAUGGUUACGCGUGCAUCAGCUCGGACGGCGCGGGCGUGCGCCGCGUGCGCGCCGCGCUGACGGCCGGCGACGCGCCCACCAUGCCGCUCAGCUUCGGCGAGUGUGUACGGAUCAAUACUGGGGCUGCUUUGCCGGCGCGGGCCGAUUGUGUUGUCCAGGUGGAAGACACGAAGCUGGUCUCAGCAUCAGAGGACGGUCAGACGGAGCUGGAGGUGGAGGUGGUGGUGCCGCCGCGCCCGCAGCAGGACGUGCGCCCCAUCGGCUGCGACAUCGCCAUGGGCGCCGUACUAGCUGAUAAAGGGGCGAUUCUGGACGCGGCCAUGAUCGGCGUGCUGGCCGGCGCUGGCUACCAGAAUGUUACUGUUCGGUCUAAACCAAAGGUGGCGCUGAUGUCGACGGGCAAUGAGCUGCAGGAGCCGUCGGAGCUGCAGCUGAAGCCGGCGCACGUGCGCGACUCCAACCGCACCAUGCUGCGCGUGCUGCUCAAAGAACACGGCUUUGACAGCAUAGACUGCGGCAUAGCACAGGACGAGCCAACAAAGCUAGUAUCAGCCAUCUCGACCAGUCUAAGCCAAGCCGACAUCCUGGUCUGCACCGGAGGGGUCUCUAUGGGCGAGAGGGAUCUACUUAAACCGGUCCUGGUGAAGGACUUCGGGGCCACGUUGCAUUUCGGCCGAGUGAGGAUGAAGCCGGGAAAGCCUAGUACGUUUGCGACGUGCGAGUUUCAGGGAAGGAAGAAAUAUGUGUUUGCUUUGCCUGGCAACCCCGUAUCCGCCUACGUCUGCGCGCACCUAUUCCUACUCCGCGCGCUGCGUCAGUGCUGCCACCUGCCGCCCUUCCUCGCCAUCCGAGUGAAACUAGCGCACGCGGCGGCCCUAGACGCUAGACCGGAGUAUGCACGGGCGACGCUACGGUAUCCCACUACUGAUGACCUGCCGAAGGCUACGCUGAUUAUGCCUAAUCAGAGCAGCAGCCGGCUCCUCAACUCGGCGGGCGCGACGGUGCUGCUGCAGCUGCCCGGCGCCACCGACACCACCACCCAGCUGGAGCCCGGCGCCGUCGUCACCGCAUACCUCAUCGGACGACCGUACUAGGCGUUAUAAGGCGUUUACACACCAAAGCCGACACACGAUAAAUCAUAAUGAAAAGUGUUCGGCCGGUAGGGCGAGCUUUGAUGUGUAGACACGCGUAGUAGUCACCCUACAUGGAAAUCAUGGCGUCUUUGGGACUGUAUACAUAUAUGGAACUGCAUUCCUGUCAUGCAUGGGAUAGUACUUACAUUUAUAACUGCCGGAAUACAAUGCCAUGAGCUGAUUAUAAAUCAUGAUAAAAAUCAAUUGUAAAUAUUUAUUAAGUCCUAGACUUUUUCCGCAGAAGGCAGAAUGAUUCUCGAAUAAAUGUGUAGGUGCUAGUGUUUUUGAAAUUUUAUUAUGAAUGAUAAACAUUACAAAUUGAAAAUUUAUGUGUUUAUAUGAAAAUGUUAUAACUUUAUAGUGCCUGUCUGUUACUGUUACGUAUGAUAGAAUCGUCGGGAAGUAAAUAAAAAAGUAAUAUAUUGUAAAACAUUA